AUGUACACGCCUAUCCCUGCUAAUACCCCUGCUCCCACUGCACCAACUUCAUCGAUGACGUCCAACUCUUCAUCCGCAUCAAAUGCCAACACCACUAGCAGUAGUGGCAUAAACCCAAGGAACAGAGCCAGUGGUACUCCAUCCAAUGAGCGGGCUCGUCCGGCGUCGGGUAUCAGUUCGUUUUUGAAUACCUUCGGAAUUAGGCAAAAUAGCCAGACAGCUUCUUCUUCUGCGGCUCCUGAUCAGCGUCUAUUCGGCACAACCCCAUCUAACUCACAUAUGAGUGUGGCCAUGGAAAGUAUCGAUACCGCUCCGCAACAGCAGGAACCACGUCUGCAUCAUCCUAUACAAAUGCCUCUGUCGGCCCAGUUCCACGUUCAUCGCAACUAUCAACUCCCCAUCUCCAUAUCUCUCACUGCCCCUACAACCACAGACCACCAGCAAUCAUCUGCGCAUAAUUUCGAAGGCAACAAUGUUGGUAACGUUCAAGAGUCUUUGAAUCAGCGGCAGCCUAACGGUACUAACAAUACCACAACCUCGAUAAUUUCCAUGGCGCCAGCGGCUACAACGAGAAAUAUAGUCGGUGGUGCAGAUGGAUCUACUAUUGUUAACAACAGUCAGGAAAUGUAUAAGAAUUUACGUCACUUGAUAUAUGCUGCAAACCAGCCAAAUGGGACCGAAAUUUUACAUUUGGAUUUACCUGCAACAAGUGCAGAGGAGUCAAACAAUAUGUUCAAUGUAGAUGAGGUCACUUUGAAGCAAAGGAAAGAUAAGCAUGGUCUUUUUAGUAUAAGACUAACCCCAUUUAUUGAUAGUUCGUCCACGACAAAUCAAGGUUUAUUCUUUGAACCGAUUAUAAGAAAGGCUGGCCCUGGAUCCCAAUUGGUUAUUGGCCGCUAUACUGAGCGUGUUCGCGAUGCAAUUUCUAAAAUACCUGAACAAUAUCAUCCAGUUGUAUUUAAAUCCAAAGUUGUUUCAAGGACACAUGGUUGUUUUAAAGUUGACUCUCAAGGUAACUGGUAUAUAAAGGAUGUGAAAUCAUCUAGUGGAACUUUCUUAAAUCACCAAAGGCUCUCACCCGCUUCCUCUUUAUCGAAAGAUACCCCUCUUCGUGAUGGUGAUAUUUUACAGUUAGGAAUGGAUUUUAGAGGUGGCACGGAAGAAAUCUAUCGUUGUGUAAGGAUGAGGAUUGAGCUAAAUAGAUCAUGGAAACUAAAGGCAAAUUCGUUCAACAAAGAAGCUUUACAGCGUUUGCAGAAUUUACAAAAAUUAACUACAGGUAUUGAAGAAGAAGAUUGUUCGAUUUGCCUAUGUAAGAUCAAACCGUGUCAAGCAAUUUUCAUAUCACCAUGCGCACAUAGCUGGCAUUUCCGUUGUGUAAGAAGAUUGGUCAUGCUCUCAUAUCCGCAAUUUGUUUGCCCCAACUGUAGAUCAAGUUGUGAUUUGGAGGCCUCCUUUGAAAGUAGUGACGAGGAAGAUGAAAGUGAUGUGGAAAGUGAAGGUGAUCAACUGGUGGAUCAACUUAGCGUCUUAAUGGAAACUUCAAAGGAUGUUGAUAGCCAUCCUUAA